CCAUAUCCGUAAAUUAUCAUCUCUAUUACUUUAUCCAAAGCUCAGAAGAAACAUAAAUGGUGGUGGCGGGCAAAUUCACUCUGCCCAACAGUGCUUCUUCUUAGCUUGAAUCAUUUUCUUGACCCGUAUAAACAGAGAGAAGAGUCCAAUUGAGGUCAAUGUUGCAUGCAGUAUAUGCCCCAAAAAGUUGCAGUAUAUCGUAUUCAAGAAUCCCUUGUUAUCAAAAGCCUUUAGCCCCAACAAGGCUUAGAGUAUCAGCUUCACUUCCAGAGCCUAAUGGGGUUAAGGUUGAGUUCACUCCCUGGUUAAUUGUUGGAUUGGGAAAUCCUGGAAACAAGUAUCACGGAACUCGACACAAUGUUGGUUUCGAGAUGAUUGAUAGAGUUUCUCAAGAGGAGGGUAUCGUGUUAAACACAAUACAGUCGAAGGCCUUGAUAGGGAUAGGUUCCAUUGGGGAGGUACCUGUUGUAUUGGCAAAGCCUCAGGCCUACAUGAAUUUCAGUGGAGAAGCAGUUGGACCGCUUGCAGCAUAUUAUCAGGUGCCGAUGCGUCACAUCCUUCUGGUUUACGAUGAGAUGAGCUUACCCAAUGGUAUUUUGAGACUCCAGCCAAAAGGAGGACAUGGCCAUCAUAAUGGGGUGAAAAGUGUGAUGGAGCAUUUGAAUGGUCGCCGGGAAUUUCCACGAUUUUGCAUAGGCAUUGGGAAUCCACCUGGGACUAUGGACAUGAAGGCAUAUCUGUUACAAAAAUUCAGUGAUACAGAGCGGAAACAGGUGGAUGCAGCUCUUGAUCAAGGAGUUGCAGCUGUCAGGACGGUAGUAUUGGAAGGAUUUGGCAGUAGAAUCUCGCGAUUUAACAUAGGGCAGAAAUACAAGUAUCACAAAGUUUAAUGUUAUGUAUGGAAGAACACAAUAGUUGUAAUAACUUAAAACUAGCUAGUUGAGCAUUUCACUGGAGUCUACUUAGAAAGUUUUUGGACUCCGAUUAAUGUUUAUAGUUUCAUCUGUAAGCACUUGUAGAAUAGACUUAUUUCAAAGGAAAGAAGAACACUUCAUGUAGAAUAGACAUUAAUUUGGAACGAAAGGCCCAAAAAAAUGUUUUUUUUUGGUCCAUGCUUGCAUCCA